UGUCAAGAGUUUCUAUCUACAGCUGCUCCACACUUUAAACUGAAAUAAUGGAUUAUGACGAUUAUGAUUUUUCGAUGUUUGACGCCACGGCGAGUCCCUGCAUCAAAGAUGGAAGCUGUGAAGACUUUCAUAAGAACCCCUUGAUCAGCUGGCGUCACUGGUUCGCACUGGUCUGCUACGCCAUCGUCUUUUUGGUGGGCGUCCCCGGCAACGGCCUGGUCAUUUGGGUGACUGCGUUCCGUAUGCCCCGCUCGGUCAACGCACUGUGGUUCCUGAACCUGGCUGUGGCAGACCUGCUGUGCUGUUUAUCACUGCCCCUGCUCAUGGUACCGCUGGCCCAGGACCAGCACUGGCCCUUCGGAUUGGUGGCGUGCAAGGUCCUGCAUGGGGUUUUUUACAUGAUGAUGUACUGCAGCAUUCUGCUGCUGGUGCUAAUCAGCCUGGACCGCUGGCUCCUGGUAACCCGACCAGCCUGGUGCCAGAACUGGAGGCAUCCACGUUGGGCAAACUGGGCCUGCCUGGGCACCUGGGUGCUUGCGCUUCUGGGCAGCAUCCCCCAGUUCACCCACAUGACGGAACACGAGAAAGGGAAGAAAACAGAAUGCGUCGGCGUGUACGAAAGCAUGUUACAUGCCUCGGCGAUCGUCACGUUUCGCUUCGUCGUGGGUUUUCUGGUGCCGUUUCUCAUCAUCUGUGUCAGCCACUGGACGGUGUACCGAAGGGCAAGCCGAAGUCCGGCGAGGAGGCAUAACGAAAGGUCGGCGCGGACCUUGCGCGUCAUCCUCGCCGUGGUGCUCAGCUUCUUCCUGUGCUGGAUUCCACUGCACAUUCUGGACAUGUUUCAACUGGCCAUGCACAAAAGCGAGUCGAAGGCAAACCUGCUGCUGGCACACGUCCUGGCACACUGCCUGGCAUACUUCAACAGCUGCCUGAACCCUCUGCUCUACGUCUGCCUGGGCCGUGGGUUCAGGGAGAGCAUGACCAAGUCGCUACGGAGCGUCCUGCACUUCGCCUCCGAGGAGCCCGCCCGGGGACUCAGCAUGACCGGCAACACCAAGAGUACGACGGAAUCGAACACUGUGGCCACGGCUCACAAAGAUCAGUGUUAGAAACAGGGAGGUUGGCUCAGGGAAUCUGCAGGUUUGGGAGAAUAAAUGAAGUUAAUUAAUUUACACUUUUUAAUUCCAAUUAGAGGGAAAAUUAAGAGCGCUUGCAUGCAGUGACGCAAGUUUGAUGUUUAUACACUUUACUGUAAUCAUGUGAUUCCUUGUAUUCGCAGAUGAACCAAUAUUUAAGUGUGAAUGAUCCUCAGAAACAGCAAACAUCACAGUAAAAUCUCUCCAAACCCUCAGUUAGCGUUAUAGGUCUGGUGUUCCGCUGCAGUUUGCAGACACCAGCGUUCCUCUGCGUCUAGAGCAGCCACGGAGUCGAAUGUCGUGCGUGGGUCAGUGGCCGGUGUGGAGGUGGAAGAGACAGAACAGUUCUGGUAAAAGGACGGCGUUUGCUGGCGAGAUUUUGCGACCGCUUUGUGUGUGUUUCUGCAGCUUUCACUUUUUGCACAUUGAUGAUUACCACAAAGUGGCUUUAACCACAGUGCAAAACUGUGGGUUAGCAAACCAGUUUUCAGUAAAUGUACACUUUCUUAUCUCAACAGUACUAACAGUUUCACUAGAUUAACGACAGGAAUGAACGUAACUGGAACUCGCACCUUGAAAACAUACUUUCUUUACUAUUUUAUUUAUGCAUUUUUCCCCUUUUCUCCCAAUUUAGCGUAGCCAAUUCAUCUUGUGCCCCUUUUAGACACUGAUGGUAUAUAAACAGGGUAUAUAUGCCCGACACAUGCUCCCACAGAAGCGUGUACAGUCCACCGACAGUGGAUUCUCGUGCAUGAACAAUCACAUCCUAACCUCCACCUUCCUUCCACUUCUGUACAGGCGGGUCAGGCUACUAACCAGGGUCCUUACACAGACUAGUGGCCAAUUGUGUCUGCUGCAAGCACCACCAGUUGUGCCCACUAGGGGGCGCCCAGCUGACCGGUAGCAGAGCUAAGCUAUACAGCGACAUAAAUAUUGAACUCCAGAGAGUUAAUUCCUUGAUUUAGAAUAAACCUGAUGUACUUGUUCUUUUCUGUAAUACCAUUUUUUAAAAAUUAUAUUCUCAGAUUUUUCAUGUAAGUCAUACUGAAAUGGCUUUGCAUUUUGUAUGUAUAGUGAAUUUGUAUCAUAACAUUUUAAAAUUAGCCAUAACUGAUGGCGAAAUAAAAAU